AUGAGGAUUGCAACCCUUCAAUUCGCGCCGAAGCUAGGCGACCUCAAAGGCAAUAUUGAGAAAGCUAAUGCCUUAUUAAAGACUGGAAAGACUGUCGCUUUAGAUGGAAAAGAGCUUGGGGUCGGGGUCGAUCUGUUGAAGCCUGAUAUCUUGGUGUUGCCUGAGUUGGCGAUGACAGGCUAUAACUUCCCUUCAUUGGAAGCGAUUAAGCCAUAUCUGGAGCCAGCUGGUGAUGGCCCCUCUGCCUCGUGGGCGCGUGAAACUGCUAGACGCUUGCGAUGCAAGGUUUGCGUGGGGUAUCCAGAGAUUGAAAAGGAUUCUCAAAAUCCCGACAAAGUCACAUACUAUAACUCACUCCUUGUUGUCGACGAGAACGGGGAGUUCAUUCUCAACUACCGAAAAAGCUUCUUGUAUUACACCGACGAAACAUGGGCGGCUGAAGGUCAAGUUGAGCGAGGGUUCCAUGAGCUUGAAUUCGGUUCCAAGGGCGCGUUAUCUUCAUUGCACCAGGGUGAGCAAGUUCUAUCCGAGAAAAAAAAGAUCGCGACUUCGUUUGGUAUCUGCAUGGAUAUCAAUCCGUACAAGUUUGAGGCGCCAUUUACCAAAUGGGAAUUUGCAACUCGAGUUCUUGACUCCAAGUCCCAACUUGUCAUUUUGUCCAUGGCCUGGUUGACCACUCUGAGCCGGGAAGAGCUAGAUGCCUUGAAGGAUAAGCCCGAGAUGGAUACGUUCAACUAUUGGCUUCAGCGGUUCUGGCCCCUGAUACAAAAAAGGAUGGAACAUGAGGUGGAUAUUGACGGCGGAGAGGCGGCAGAUUCUCCGAAGAAGAUCGUCAUUGUCUUUUCUAAUCGGUCGGGCGAGGAGCCACCGGCGCGGUAUGCGGGGACAAGCGCUAUCAUUGCUGUGACGCAACGGCCCACUGUCAAUGCUGAUGCAGGGUCAGGUGCGCACGCCCCCGAUGAGGAAAGUGAGACAGAGGAUGCGGGCAUCCCAUUCGACGUCAAGAUACUUUGCUGGGACAUGCUAGGCGCCGCGGAGGAAGGUAUUUGUUUCGCGGAUACUACGGCAGAUCCGCAAAUGGUAUUUGCACUGAAAUAG